UAUUUAUUGAAGAGAUUGAAAUGACUUUGUGUAUGUAAUGGGAGAGUCAGUAGAUCUAGCUGCUGUUCCCAGUUCUACUGUUGAAUCAUUUUGUGUCUGUGAUUCAAGUGUUUUCUCUUUUUGCAGAAAAAGGUGAUGGGGGAGGAGGGAGUCCUUGAUUUUUGUGCCUUUAGCUGCCUGUGAUCUGAUUUUUCAUAGGUUCUGAGCACUUACAGUUCCCAGCAUAGUCAGUGAAAGCCACCAGUAUUAGUACCUAUGAAAAAUAGCUCAUUCAUGUAGUUAGCUAAAUAUGGAUUACAGUGCUUAAUUUUGGUAUCCAAGAUUGAAGGUUUGUGGGUGAGAUGUCCAAAGUUAGUCAUACAGAAUUUGAGACAUGCACAGUGAGUACCUCUGAAAAUUUGCAUCCAGACAUCUUUGUGAAUCCAUUUAGACAUCAGUAAUAAUGUGCAUUGUAAUUGUCUAAUGAGAGGCAUGGUGUUAUGAUUAAUUACUGAUUAUAAAGUUCUUCGAAAUUCUCAGAUAUAAAGUACAGUUUUCUAAUAUACUUCACUUCUUCUUUGCUACAGGUUCCAGUAACCCCUUUAGAGGAUGACUGAUUUCUUUUGGUGUUCAGAGUCAAUACUAUUUUCUAGCACCAUUUGAAAUCGGUUAUAGUGACAGGGGAAUUGCAUCCUGUGAGUUUCUGCCGCAGAGAGGCUCUAAGGAGAAUCUUCAAUGUUAUUACUCAGAAAUGUACUAGAAAACUAGAGCAGGUGCACAAGCUCCUGAACACACAAAUAUUACACUUACUUAAGUUGUAAUAGUGUAUGGCUGAUUUAGAUCUUGUUGUGACUCACCUCUUUAGAGAGACAGCACCAUCUGGGGGAUAUCACUAACAACUAUAAGUUGAAAGAUACUGGUUGUAUUCCCAUCUGUGCCAUAUAAAUGUAGGAACAUAAGCAUGGAUGACCAUGCUGGGUCAGACCAGUGGUCCGUCUAGCCCAGAAUUCUGUCUCCCACUGUGACUGAUUUAAGUGAUAGGUUACCUACUGUAGUGAGAAGUUCUGCAAUUUCUCUGAGCUCCUUCAGAAUUCUUGGGUGAAUACCAUCUGGUCCUGGUGACUUAUUAAUGUUUAUUUUAUCAUUUUGUUCCAAACCCGCUGUGAUACUGCACCCCGUAUUCUUCAUAGUGAUAUUGGUAUGACAUAAUCAUGACAUCGCUAUGAUGUAUUUCAAGCAAGAUAAGUCAUGUCAGGUGUCUUUGGAAAGGUUAUGAUUUGCUCAAUAUGAUUAUUCUAUUUGUAUACAUGUAUCAGUUAUGAAUAUUAACUAUCUGCAUUUCAAAUAUAGUUACACCUGAGGAAUGCCCACUAGAUAAGAUGAUUUGAAUAUAGAUAAAUUUGUUGAUUUUUUUUUUAAGUUUAUUUAUAGACUAACAAAACAUGUAGAUGGUAUCAUAAGCUUUUGUGGGCACAGCCCACUUCUUCAGAUGACCAGAGUAUAGAUAGUUGGUUGGGAAGGGCCACAGAAAAACAAUUAGAGAAAAACAAUAGGCUUUAGGAGAAUCCUGUCUUCAAUGUGGUGAGCCUUCCUGUGAACACUGGAUGAUGAUGAUGAUUGAUGACUGAUAUGAAUGAUGACUAUGAUUCUGCAACAACACCGGGACACCAAUUCCGACUGGUGGGAUCAGAUCAUCAUGGAGCACUGGGAUGACCAGCAAUGGCUCCAGAACUUCCACAUGUGGAAAGACACCUUCAUGGAGCUGUGCGAAUGGCUCACCUCUGCCCUCACACAAUGGGACACCCACAUGCAACCCGCCAUCCCCCUCCAGGAGCAGAUCACCAUUGCUAUUUGGAAGCUUACUAUGCUGGACAGCUACUGCUCCAUCGGGAACCAAUUCAGUGUUGGGAGAUCAACUGUUGGGGUUGUGGUCGUGCAGGUAGUGAGGGCCAUCAACACCACCGUUCUGCGCAGGGUCAUCAUCCUGGGCAAAGUUGACCCCAUUGUCGCCGGCUUUGCCCCCAUUGGCUUCCCCAACUGCUGGGGAGGGACAUUGACAGCACUCAUAUCCCCAUCUGGGCUCCCGACCACUGGGCAUCGGACUACAUUAACGUCCAGUACUUUUCCGUGGUCUUGCAGGCCCUCGUGGACCAGUGGGUCUGGUUCACCGACAUUAACGUCGGGUGGUCGGGGAAGAUGCAUGACACCCACCUCUUUAGGAACUCCAGCCUGUUCCGAAAGAUGCAUGCUAGCACUUUUUUCCCCGACUGCACCAUCCAGUUGGGGACAUGGACAUGCCGAUGUGCAUCAUAGGAAACGCAGCCUACCCCUUGUUCCCCUGACUAAUAAAGCCUACACAGGACACUUGGACCCCACCAAGGAACAUUUUAACACCAGGCUCAGCAGCACCUGCAUUUUGUGAGGGCGCCUUCAGCCAUCUCAAAGGGAGGUUCUGCUGUCUCCUUACCCAGCUGGACCUCGGCAAGCAGAAUGUCUCCCAAGUGGUCUUGUCCUGCUGUGUCCUGCACAACCUGUGCAAAAAUGAGGGAGAGACAUUCCUGCCAGGAUGGGGUGCAGAGGCAGAGCGGUUGGCCAGGGUCUUUGAGCAGCCACACAUGGCUGCCAUCCAGCAGGCUCAUCAGGGAGCUGUGUGCAUCUAGAAGGCCCCGAGGGAGAGUUUCAGACAAGGACACGUGACACUCCCCAGGGCCUCCCCACAAGGGGCCUCUGCAGUGCUCCUCUGUUCCUUCCUUCCCCUACCUCUCCCGUCCCCUGCCCUCCCUUCCCUUUCCUCUUCCCCUGCAGACAUAAUAAACCACACUUUUUGGUUUAGAACAAGAAA